AUGGUUCUUUAUGAACUAUUUUGUAUUACCAGACCUGCUGUAAAUGCUACUCGCACGUCUGCUCCUGUAUCAGCAAUUAGUGUUGCUCGAAAUUGUGGAAAAACAAUCUUGGAUAGCAAAGGCGUAGUCGUUGAUAUCGAGUCCAUGGGGCUUAAGGAGCUUGCCAAGCCCAUAAAAAAAUUAAAUAGCAAGCACAACUUUGGAUACUGGUGGACAAUGUCGUUCUAUUCGAGCCCCACUGUUCAACAAGAACUCCAGCGCAUUCUUCGUUUGGAGCCAACGGUCCUUCGCUAUAGCCUACUCAAGAAGUCCGAUAAAUUAAACCAUCUUGGUUAA